AGUUGGAAUGAAUGUUCAUAAAUAAAUUUGAGAGAUGGAAGGAAGUUAUAAAAUGGGUUAUGUUUGAUGGGAGGGGGCAUUUGCGCUCUCCGAUCCAGCUUUCGCCUAUUCUGAGAUUCAGGGUUCAGCGGAACAGCGAAGAUCGAAAACCCAUUUCUAAACCCUCGGCUUCGAUUCGUGGAACAUGGGAGAAAUCAAACGUAAAAGAGGCCGCAAGCCGAAGAAUUCCAAGGCGGAGGCCCUAGAUUUUCCUCCGCCCACCACUGCCACUGCCACCAGUGCUGCGAUUACCAUGGACGACGUUUUCUCAGUCGGCAACGUCGAGCUCAUGGACCCGGCUUCCACUUCUAAGCAUCACCAGAAUCGCCGUGGGAGGCCCAAGAAGCUUUCCAAGCAUUUGGAGAAUCCUGACAAGUUCCCCCAAUUGUCUCCCUCUAGACGUGCCCCUCGCGGCGUCGAAAAUGGCGAAUUUACUGCCUCAGGCGACGUCUUGCCGCCUGCUAUUGUUUCCGAACGGGCGCAGCCGGAGUGGCCGGGCAUCGCGAGAGUCGUGCCGGCGAUGGACGCGGUUGUGAAGGUUUUUUGUGUGCACACGGAGCCCAAUUUCUCGCUUCCAUGGCAGAGAAAGCGGCAAUAUAGCUCCAGUAGUAGUGGAUUUGUGAUCGGUGGAAGGAGGGUGCUCACCAAUGCUCAUUCCGUCGAGCAUUAUACCCAGGUUAAGCUCAAGAAGCGUGGGUCCGAUACCAAGUACUUGGCGACCGUUCUUGCGAUCGGAACUGAAUGCGAUAUUGCAUUGCUUACUGUUGAUGAUGAUGAGUUUUGGGUUGGAGUUUCACCUGUAGAAUUUGGUGAAUUACCUGCACUUCAAGAUGCGGUAACUGUUGUUGGUUACCCAAUUGGAGGAGAUACAAUUUCUGUUACGAGUGGGGUUGUAUCGCGGAUAGAGAUCCUGUCUUAUGUUCAUGGGUCUACUGAGCUUCUGGGUCUGCAGAUAGAUGCUGCUAUAAACUCAGGUAAUUCUGGUGGGCCUGCCUUUAAUGAUAAAGGCAACUGUGUGGGCAUUGCAUUUCAGUCGCUUAAGCAUGAAGAUGCAGAAAAUAUAGGUUAUGUCAUACCAACGCCUGUUAUCUUGCAUUUUAUACGUGAUUACGAGAAGAAUGGAGCAUAUACAGGGUUCCCAAUUCUUGGUCUUGAGUGGCAGAAAAUGGAAAAUCCCGAUCUUCGUAAGGCUAUGGGUAUGAAACAAGAUCAGAAGGGUGUCCGUAUUAGGCGUAUUGAUCCCACCGGCCCAGAAUCCAAAGUGUUGAAGCCAGCUGAUAUCAUUCUCAGCUUUGAUGGGGUUGAUAUUGCAAAUGAUGGAACGGUUCCUUUCCGGCAUGGCGAGCGCAUAGGUUUCAGUUACCUAGUCUCCCAGAAAUAUACUGGUGAUAGUGCAACAAUAAAAGUUCUGCGCAACUGUGAGACACUCAGUUUCAAUUACCAACUUUCAACUUACAGAAGGCUCAUUCCUGCACACAACGAGGGCAGACCCCCUUCUUAUUACAUUAUUGCAGGAUUUGUUUUUUACGGAAAGGAUUAUGAAUAUGAAGCUCCAGUGAAACUUUUGGACAAACUAUUGCAUUCAAUGCCACAAUCACCAGAUGAGCAGCUAGUAGUGGUUUCUCAGGUACUCGUGGCCGAUAUCAACAUUGGAUAUGAAGACAUCGUUAACACUCAGGUUCUUGCUUUCAAUGGUAAACCUGUGAAGAACCUCAAGUGCUUGGCCACCAUGGUCGAAAGUUGUGAUGACGAGUUUUUGAAGUUUGAUUUAGAAUAUCAACAGAUAGUCGUCCUCCGAACCAGUACAGCGAAAGCAGCUACUUUAGAUAUUUUGGCAACACACUGCAUACCCUCAGCUAUGUCUAACGAUCUCAAGACCUAACUUCAGAUUGAAAAAAAUUAGGUAUACUUGAUUACAUAGUUCAUCAUACUCUGUUUUCCACCCUCUGCUGAGUAUGUCAAGGUUCUGAAUUCUGAUGGGUUUCAUUUUGAAGUAUGUGUAUGCUUUCCUUCUUCAUGACGUUGGGUUUUACUAUGAAUGGUAGAAGGUAGAUGCUCAGAAGGAUUAGAGUGAAUGAAUCAAGUGUUCAAAUUGCGUUGUCAUGACUUCUCAGCCCUUGAAAGUUUUGGUUACAUUACAUUAACUAGUCGGUUAGGCGAAUUCGAUGCCCUUUCUCGGUUAAUCAAUGUACUCUAUUAAUGACACUUCUAUCAUUGAAAAUGCUAUGAAAAUUAUAGCCGAAAGCUCUUGCAUUAUUGGAGAUUCUGAAGUGUAGUUUGGKUUUUUUAGAGCAACUGUUGACGAUUUCAGGUCGGGACGGAAUUGUCUUGUGUGGUUAUUAUUAUAAUGCCCCCAUGAUGAAGCUGGUUAAUGUAAAGCUAGAAUUUAGACUUCUCUUUUGCUGAGAGAACACAUUUCAGUUAUAAUUUUCUAAUCUCAAUAUUUCUAUUCUCUAA